ACAAGGUAGUAGGAAGUAGAGAAAUUAUUCCUUUGGAGACAACACGAUGCAGAACGUAUCUCUAACGAGCUCACAGAGUGCCGGUGGAGGUCAUAUAGCGGGUUUGAAUGGUAGUCAUAACCAGCCACAAUUUCCUGUCACGCCAGGCGGAAAUAAGUUUAUUUUGGAGCAAGUUGACCCCACAAAACUGGAAGAUGAUGAUUCCGAUUCGGAUAUUGGGGAUGUUCAACAAAUGCAUCUUCUGCAACAGGAAUUGCCGAAUGUUGGACUGUCCGGUCCGAAACCCGGGAAAAAGACGAAAGGGAGGGUGAAGAUAAAAAUGGAAUUUAUUGAAAAUAAAUUGAGAAGAUACACAACUUUUAGCAAAAGAAAAACCGGGAUUAUGAAGAAGGCUUAUGAAUUGUCAACGUUGACAGGAACCCAGGUUAUGCUGCUUGUGGCAAGUGAAACUGGUCAUGUGUACACUUUUGCAACUCGUAAGCUGCAGCCUAUGAUCACAAGUGAGAGUGGUAAAGCUCUGAUACAGACAUGCCUCAACUCUCCUGACCCCCCUCCCAUUGCCCCAGGGCAACAGCAAGCCAUGGAACAACGGAUGAACCCAUCUGGUUUUGAAGAGACUGAGCUGACAUGUGCUGUUAGUGAGGAAGAAAGCAAGAACAUGAUGGCUUGUGGAGAUGGCAUGUCGAAGCCUGUGUACCAAAUGCCUAAUAUCCAUGUUCCAGAGCAGUAUCAGACCGUUCCAGCAACCAGCACCACCACCAUGACAAUUCCUGCACAGAUCUCAUCAUCAUCCACGCAGUCACCACCAUCACACACUAUCCACCAGCUGUCACCAUCACCCACAUCGUCACCAAUGUUGUCACAGACCAAGCAGGUCGGAUCAAAUCUUUCCAUGGAACUGCCACCAGGCCUUAUUUUCCAACCAAAUAACCCAAUCACAAUUUCUAUUCCACAAGGUUCUACAGCCACAUCACAACAACAGCUCAUCUACAAAAUUCCAACACCCACGCAGAUCCUUUCCACAUCGUCAUCUGGUAGUGGAAUGCUGACAACGCCUGGUAUUGUGAUGUACCAAACACCUCAGGGAGUCGUGUACGCUACACCAACGGCUUCACUUCAAGACAGAACCAUAUUCAACUUCCAGCAGCCCGCGACCGCCAUAUCUGUACCACAGGCAGACCAGCAGGCUGGAACUCAAAUUCUUAUUCCUGUACCGGUGUCAUUAGCUGGAAAUGGAAAUGCUCAAGUUUUACAGUUUGCUUCACAUGAAACAGGAAUAUUAGAAGUGGCACAGCCUCCUGUGAAGAAAUCUAGAAAAUGAUCUUGGUUCUAAUCCCAAGAUAACACUGCUAGCAGUAUGACUUAAGUGCCAUAAUCCAUCAAAGAGCUUGUACAGUUCCAUUUUAAUCAAUGGAUUUGGGCAUGCAGUUGGGACAGCAAGCUUUGAGAAUGUAGUUCAGAUUUGAUCAGCAUGCUUUAAAAAUGCAGAUUUAGUGUGAUCAACACAUUGAGGAUGCAGUUAGGUGUGGUACGGUGGUUUUCAGCGUGCAUUUAAAACAUGGCUUGUGUGCUCAGAUGCGAUCAUCUGGCUUUGGAUAUGGAGUUUGACAGGCUUGUUGGUGUAUGUCAUUUGUGAAUGGUUCGGUUACACCCUGCAGGCAGUUGGUGUACUCGGAAUAAGAACCAGGCAUGUGAAGUCUCUUCUUAAUGCAGUAUCAGUGAGCUGUGUGUUACAGUAGAUCAAAGACAUAAUAUCGGUUCAACCAAUAUCUACCUGUGUGAACACUUGAUUAAUUACAUACAUUUGUAUGUUGUUGCAUAUUGUGGACAUCAAAAAUCUCCUUGUUUUAUUUGCUACAUACUGCUGUCUGCUUAUCAUUAUAACUAGUCUGACUCUUAGACACAACAAUGAAAUUUGUAGUUUUGUAGGUACACACCACUUUAAAAUAAAUUAGGUAUACCUAGACCCUAAUCUAGCUGGUGAAAUGGAGCUGUCUUUUUUUUCCGCCAAAUUAUUAGCAGUAGGAAGACAUCAAAUUAUUUUGCUUGGAUUUUAUUACCAGACGUAUUAGUAUUUAAUAACAAAAUAUUACAUUUCAAACCAAGUGAAUAAUUUGGAACCUUUUCAAAUGAAUGCAAAUAUUUAUUAGUAGUAGUAAGAAGUCAAAUUAUUUUGCUUAAAUUUUAUUACCAGAAGUAGUAGUUUUUAAUAUCAAAAUAUUACAUUUCAAAGCAAGUGAAUAAUUUGGAAACUUUCGAAAAUGAAUGCAAAAUGUUCACUCGGGGCUCGGAACUUAACAAUGGCAACGACAACAAUUACCGUCGUUAAGAUUUAAAUUGCCAUAGGUAGAAAGAAGCACCGAUGGCAGUUUUGUGCCAUCAGUAAAGGUCUUCAACAAUUGCAAACUUUAUACACCUGGUGUACAUUAUCUGCCAAUAUUUAACAUUUGCACAUUUGAAAUAUGUCUACAUACAGCAAAAUAACCUUCCAGUUAUGUUUAUUUGCUGCAAUUGUCACUUUUUAAAAAAUUGCCAUAGGCAGACUCAAAAUUGCCGUCCAUGGGCCGUUUCACCCGUGGCAAUUCUUUUAAACAUUGCCAUGGGAGACCAAUUCUAAAGUUCAAGCCCUGCACUUGACCUAUUUUUAAUCAAUAAUCUCCCCUUUUUCCAGAGCAGGGCGAAGUUACUUUACGUUUUUCCAAUUGAAGAUUAGUGCCUGUAUACAUUGAGUUUAGUAAUUCAUGAGUGGUGGAAAUAACAUGUUAUUUCUUUAAAAUAAUGUCAAAUUGAUAACUUUAUUCACAGAGGUGCUCGACAUCAUCAGUACUGGUCAGAACUUAAAAGUUUGGCUAGGCUACCAAACUAUGCUACCAAAUAUACAAUCACAAAAACAAUCCUUAUACUGUGAGUUUGAAAUAUCCAUAGUUUUUAUCUUCUUUACUGUGAUCUAUAUUCCAUUGUUACCUAAUUGUCUGCAUAGAUCAGGGAUGACAGUAGGCCGCCUUCCGGUGGAAUUCUGCCUUUUUAGUGCACCCAAUUUUUUUUUAAAAUAAUAAAGGCGCAUGUCUUCACUUGCAAAAAAUAUUUCAUCCUUUUUUGUCAAACAUGUAAAUGUAUAAAGUUGUGAUGUUUUGGGAAUUUGGCUCCAGGUCAGGGCUGAGCAGCACCUACCACUACCACUGUGUAGAACCCUGCGUAAGAAUAGGGUGAGAGUUUGAUUGCAUGGGCAAAUAUAGGGUGGGUGUGAGCAUACUUACCUCCUUUUUUGAUGCACUGUUUGAUGUAUUUGGCCAAAAUACAGGUUCAUCAUGCACUAGAAAUUUGAAAUUUCUGUUUUUGCCCUUGGAUUAGAUACUAAGAAUAAAUAUUUGCAAGAGACAUUUAGACUACAUACUGAUCAGGUAUUGGCACAUGAUGGUAGACUGAUUUCUGAAAUGAUGUUUUUCCAGUUGGUCAAGACCAGAAUUGAGUAACAUUUUAGGAAUCCAUCAUAUGCGAACAUGUGGGAUAGAACAUGUACACCUGGUGUGGUAGAAAUUUCAAUUGGGAUAAGGCUUGCUAGGUCCCAUGGUUGAAAUUUCAAUUGGGAUAAGGCUUGCUAGGUCCCAUGGUUGAAAUUUCAAUUGGGAUAAGGCUUGCUAGGUCCCAUGGUUGAAAUUUCAAUUGGGAUAAGGCUUGCUAGGUCCCAUGGUUGAAAUUUUAAUUGGGAUAAGGCUUGCUAGGUCCCAUGGUUGAAAUUUCUACCACAGAGGCUGUUCUUUUUCUAUCCCAUAUGACUGCAUAUGAUGGAUUUUUUAUUUAUUUACCACUACACUUUUGUGACUCAUAUUCAUUGUUUGUUUAAAAUUCAACACUACAAAUCAACAAGAUAAAAAGAAUCACAAAAUAUCAAUCUGAAAUACUUGUCUGAUGACCAUAUAUAUAAUAAUAGUUAUCUCCCUUUGUUAAGCAGAAUAACAUUAAAGGGUCAAACCGGCCUCAGUGGUGUCAUGGUUAAGCCAUCAGAUGUAAGGCUGGUAGGUACUGGGUUCGCAGCUCGGUACCUGCUCUCACCCAGUGAGUUUUAACGACUCAGUG